GUGGAAGACCACCCACAGACAAUGCAUACUUAGUUUACCCACAAUGUAUAGCACUGCGGCCUGCACAAGCCAGCGGUUCGAGGUCUGCUAACAAGAACCGGCGAUUUAUCUCCCACAGUUUCCAUGCUUCCAUAUCACAGAUUUGAUGAGAAUCUGAGAACACCACGGAGAAUGGAGACGAACAAAAUCCGGUUUAUUGUCAGUUCAGCUGAGGCGUGGUGCCCGCCGGUUUUUCAGUUCGGUUCAGGAUGUGAGCUCUCUUAAGAAAUGCUCGCGUAAUGCCGCGAACAACGUUUCAACGGACAAUAGGCGCUGGGGCCGACGACUUCCUCGCCACGACGCGGGACACCGUCCUCAGCGUCGACCAAGCGCUUGAACCUGCUCACUUCAAGCAAGGGCUAGUCGCGGCGGAGACGGGACGGACAGCAUGCUUAGGACACGCCAGCGGCCAUGGCGCCGGCUGCGGGCCAGCCCCGGGUCCGUCCGCUGCGUUGCCUGACGAAGCACGCGCUGAGGCGGUCGCGGCGCCCCCGGCGCCCGCAGCUCCCUGGCAGCCACCCCCCUACACGCCGCGGCGGCACCGCCUCACGCUCAGUGCCGCCGACAUCGCGGGCGCGGCAGCAGAUGCAAACCGGCUGGCGGCCGCGGCAGCCGCUGCCGUGAACGGCGCCGCAGGCGCAGGCGCGUCGGGCCGCGGGAGAGGUGUCGUGCCGGCCGGGCCUGCCAGCCGCGCCGGCCGCGGUCGCGCCGCCGUGUCGACAUCACAGCCAUGCACCUGCGCCUGCGCCUGCACCUGCACAUUGACACCGGCAUGCGGCUGCUGCCGACACGGCCAGGGUGCAGCUGCCGGCCCCGGCCCUUGCCCCGGCGCCAACGCCAGCGCCAAUCGGGCCAGCGGUACAAAUCAGUCCAGCGGCCGCGGCGGAAGCAGCGGCACCAGUUGCGGCAGUGGCCACCGCAGCUGUAGGAGCGGUGCCGGCUGUAGCAGCAGCGGUGGCAGUGGCGCCAGGGGCAGUGCCGGCAGCAGCAGCAGCAGCAGCAGCAGGAGCAGGGGCAGGAGUCGGCUGGCGCUGCGCCGGCUGCUGCCGCUGAGUGACGGCGCGUUCGCGGGCUGCGGGGGCCGCGGGCCGCGGCUGCACGGCAUCCACCUCAAGAUCCACGGCCCGCACCUGGACGACCUGCCGCAGGACUUCGCGCCGCGCCUGACCGCCUUCCUGACCGACACACUAGGCAUGCAGCCGCUCCACAUGGCCGUGAGCCAGGGCUGCGUGCAGCUGGUGGUGAUGCUGCUGGAGCUGGGCCGCGGCGCGGCGGCGGCGGGGCCGGCGGCGCAGCGCCUGCGCCAGCACCUAACGGCGGCGCCGGGCGGCGGCGGCGGCGGCGCGGCGGGCGCGAGGGCGCUGCCGGCGCGGCUGCUUGGUUUCGUGCGCGGCGUGCUGCCAGAAGGCGCGGCGCCGGUGGCGGUGAGCGUGCGGCACACGCAGAGGGCGGUGGGCGGCGGCGCGGGGCAGGAGGGGGAGGAGGGGGAGGCGCUUGAGGAGGAGCUGUUGGUGAUGGAGGAGGCCGAGGCGAGCGAGAGCCCGGAGGAGGCGGCGGUGGCGGAGCAGGAGGCGCAGGAGCAGCCGUCGCCGCUGCCCGGGCCCGGGCUCCUGGCGCCCGGCCGCGGGGGCUCCCGCCGCCGGCACUCGCGGCAGCACGACUGCGGGCUGCCGACGGGCGGCGAGCAGGAGGCCGGCGGCGGCGGUGACGUCGCCGCGGCGGUGUUGUCUGCGCCCGGGUCGGCGGCGGCCUCCACGUGGGGCUCCGCCUCGCUGCCAUACCUGGACCGGCCUGCGGCCGACCAGCCGGCGUCGGCGGUGGCGGCCCCUUGCACCCUGAACAGCUCCACGCUCCAGGAGCACGGCACGACGGCGGAGCCGCCCGCACCGACGCCGCUGCAGCCGCCGCUGCCUGGCGCGGGCAUGGAGCACAGCCAGACGGCGGCGCAGGGGCGCGCCUGGCGUCAGUCGGCCUCCGCCUCCGCCGCUGCCUCGGCCAUGAUGCACACCUGGCUCACCGCCGGCUCGCCCGAGGCCCGCCACCAGCGUCACCAGCGCCACCACCACGCCGGCAGCGGCGCGGACGGCGGCGGCCCUGGCGGCGGCUGCGACGGCAGCAGCGGCGCGGCGCCGCACCACAACCUUAGCAGCAUGGUCAGCUCAGCGGGUGCGGGGCCGGGCGCGGGCCCGGGGCGCAACGGCUUUCUCGGCAUGGUCUUGGGGCUGGGUGGCGGGGGGCUGGGUCGCGCGGGCGGCGGCGGUGGCGGCGCGGGGGCCGGCGCCGCCGCCUCGCCCGCAGGUGCCAUGCUGGACGGCUUCUGCGCCAACGCGCAUGGCUCCUCCUCCGCCGCGGGCACGGGCACUGGCACAGGGACCGGCACCGGUACGGGCACCGGCACCCGCACCGGCGCCUUCAGCAGCACCAGCACCAACAUCGCCGCGCGACAGCAGCGCAGCAGCACCGACAGCCGCAACAGCAACAGCCAGCGCUACAGCUACCCCCGCUCAGCCUUCGUAGGCGGCGGCAAGGGGAAGCUGCCCGCGGCCUCUGUGGCCGCGGUGGCCGCAGCGGACAUGCUGCAGGCACCCGGGCAGCAGCCCACGCAUGCGCUGCUGCUGCAGCACCAGCAGCAGCAGGCGCAGGUGCAGCAGCAGGCGCAGCAGCAGGCGCAGCAGCAGCAGCAGGCGCAGCAGCAGCAGCAGGCGCAGCAGCCAUCGGGUGCUGCGCACAUGUACCGGACCUUGGAUCACAAGGCCGCGUCACGGGCGGUCUCGUUGGCGGCUUCGGUGGCGGCCGGCUCGCCGGCGGGCCCGGCGGGCCCGGCGGCGGCGUCGGAGGAGCCGGCGGCACAGGGGUGGCUGGCCUCACCCGGCCACAGCGGAGGCCCUGCCAGCCUUGCCGCACAGCUGGCUGCCGCCUUCAACAACACAGCAGAUGCCGCAGGGGAUGCCGUGGCGGGCGCAGCGGGCGCGGCGGCGGGGAGCUCACAGAGUGGCGCCGCGCCGUGGCGGGCCACGGCGGGCCAGGUCUCCUCUGGUCCCGCUGCGCCCGCGCCGCCUGCAAGCAGCAUGGGCAUCGCCAGCGGCCCAGGCGGCCCAAGCCGCGGUGUCGAGGCAGGCAGUGGCCGCGGCGACACCCCGCGCCCCUCGCCCGGCGCCGUCUCAGUCGCGGCGGCAGCGGCGGCGGCGGCAGCGGUGGCGGACGGCCCCCUCCUCCCGGCGGCCGGCUCCCGCGAGUCCCCCUGGGUCAGGAGCCCGCGCGGGCAGGAGCGGGAGCACGCCGGGCAGCGGGAGCGGGAGCGCGGCCUGCGCCUGCCCCUGCCCCUGGAGCUGGGCCGCCAGGGCGGCGACGGCGACGGCGGCCGGCUGGAGGAGGGCGGCGGCGGCGGCGCCGGCUGCAGCAGCCUGACGCUGCCGUGCAGCAGCACCUCCGUCAUCAGCUCCGUGCAGCUGUACCUAGACGGCGAGGAGGAGGAGCAGGAGCCGCGGGAGCCGCAGGAGCCGCGGGAACGGGAGGAGCGAGAGGGGCGGGGAGAGGGCGUCCGGAGCAGCAGCGGCAGCAGCAGCUACAGCUCCGGCAGCCGUGGUGGCGUCGCCACGGCCGCCGGCGGCGUGCCGGCAAUUGGCGGCGCGUCCAACUCUGCCGCGACGGCCGUGGUUGCUGUGGUGACGUCGGCGGCGGGUGGCAACCGCAACGGCCACAGCCUGCUAAGCUCGCUCACCUUCUCCGCCGCCACCUACGGCCCCACGCUGGCGGACCGGCUGGGCUCCCCCGCCACCGGCGCCAUAUCCCGCGCCGGCUCCGUCGGUAGCUGGCUGCUGCCGCUCUACACGCCCUCGCUCCGCGGCAACGGCGUCGCCUCCUGCCUUCUGUCCCGCCAGACCAGCCAGUGCAGCACGCCCACGCCGUCGCAGCUGGCGGCGGCGGCGCCGUACGGCGGCGGCAGCGGCGCACGGGGUAGCGGCCUUGGCGCCGGCGGUCGCGCGCUAGGCACGCCUGUGCGCAGCGCGUCGGCGCAUAGCAUGUACCUGAUGGAGGUGAGCGACGUGCUGCUGCGGCCGCUGCUGCCACCCGGCCUGCCAAUGCCGGGUGUGGGCCCCGACGCCGCCACCGACGCGUGGCCGCUGCACCAGGCCGCGCGCGUGGAGCUGCUCUCGCCCGCGGUGGCGCUGUGGCCGGCUCCGCCGUCGGCAGGAGCCGCCGCGGCGCCUGCCUCGCAGGGUGGCAGUGCGCCCGCGUCGUUGCCCUCGGGUGGCGCGGCGCCCGGCACUGGUGCUCAGCCGCCGGUGGUGGAGGUGCGGCUGUCCAUGCGCUGCCCAGACAUGCUGGAGCGGUCGCCGCCGCGGCGGCAGCGCCAGCAGCCUCAGGCAAGGACACGGCAGCAGGGUGGAGGCGACCAGGGCAGUGCACAGCACCAGGCUGGUCGCGGCGGUGGUCGUGGCGCAGCCACCCAAGCCGCCUCGCCCACCCUCCAGACGCCGCCGCAGCAGGCUGAUUGGCAGCGGGUGCUGUCGGGCGUGAACAGCUUGGCCGAUGCCGCGGCCGCAGGCGGCGGCAGCUCGGGCAGCAGCGUCGAGCGAGAGGAUGCGGAGGAGGAGCCGAUGGAGUCGUUCUCGCUGGCGCACGUGUCGCAGCUGGUGGCGUGGAGCCGCAGCGGCAUCAUCCCAGUGGUCCAGCGCGACGACAGCACCGAGGCCUGCACGCACGCCACACUGCUGGUGCCGCCCGAGAUGCAGCACCCCCACUCCAACCUGCUGACGCAGCUGCAGAAGGCUCAGCACCAGGCGCAACAGCCGUUUGGAAGAGCCAGCGCCAGCGCAGUCCCGCAGCCAGCCGACAGUGCCAUGCCUGCAGCCACUGCCACGCAGCCUGCUGCUACUGCUGCUACUGUGGCCGGCACGGCCGCAGCUACAGCCUCGCCACCUGCGCCACCGCCUCAGCCACCACUGCCCGCUGCCCAGCUGCUAUACCUGGCCUGGCGGCGUGGUCAGGCACUCGGCCAGCCCUGCCCUGUGCUACUGCUGCCAUCAGGCAUGGAGGCUGUAGCAGCAGAGCUGCAGGCGCUGCGGCCGGCCCCCUGCCCACCCGGGCUGGAACAGCCGCAGCUGAUGGCGAGCUACCACGCCUUCCUGGGCGACAUGGGCAUGUGGCUGGAGGCAGUGCAGGUGACCAUCCAUAGCGGCUACAGCAUUAACAGCUUUGGCGCCAGUGCCAUGAACAGCAGCGCCGCUGCGGUGGCAAUGGCUGCGGCUGCAGUGGCGGCAGUGCGCAGCAGUGGCACUGCCAGUGGCACAGCAGCCACCAGCAGCGCCACGGAGCAGGCCGCGGCUGGCAACGACAGGGCUGGCGCCAGCACCAGUGGUGUUGGUGGCGGCGGCGUCAUGGCUGUAGUGAGUGGGUCCCCUGUGAGCAGCCACUUGUCAGGCAAGGCACCACUUUCACCUUCCAGCAGCCUGCUGCUGCCACCCCCUGGCAUGGCCCCGUCAGGCAGGCGCUCAGCAGGCCCAGGCUCCAGCCAUGGCACAGCUAGCACGGAGCCUGCAUCAGUGGCCUCUGGCCUCUUGACACCAGGCGCCCGUGGUGAGUUGGCGCACUUGCGUGGCAGCCGCGGCGGCGUUGGCAGUGGCCCUGGUGGCGAGGAUGGCGAGCACAGUGUUAAAAGCCCAUUUACGACAGCCAUAUCACGGCAGCAGGCGCAGCACGGGUUGCGUGUCAUUGACACCCGCGUCCAGCCUGCACAUGCGACAUGUGCUGUGCCUGUAGCUGGCACCAGUAACAGUAUCAGUGGCAACGGCGCCAUGGGUGCAGGUGCUGCUGGCCUGGGCAUUGCGGGCAUGGCAGGCUCUUCACAUGCAGGCAGCUUUGGGGCCGAGAGCGAUGACCGCCUAGCACGGCUGGCGGAGGAGGUGUUGGGCGUGGGCUGUGACCUGCUGUGCCAUGCUGUGGCAUGCGGUGCUGUGGAGACAGCAGGCCUCAUUCUGGCGCUGCUGCUCGCACAUGUGGCUGUGUUCCCAUCCGCAUGUGGUGGCAGCUCCAGCGCUGUAGGCAGUGGUGGCACCGCUGCCGGUGGGGCCGUUGGUGCUGCCAGCAUCACCGCCUCCACUGUUGAGCGGCUGCUGAUGGUGCCAGUGGAUGGCAGUGGCUCCAGUGGCCAUGGCGGAAGUGACCCAUUGGGGGGGCGUCGCCAUGGCGGCGCCCGCAGCGGCACCGCACCCGCCACAGCAGCACCUGCUCCUGCAACAGCUCAGCAAGCCCAGCCGGCACAACCGCCACCACCACUGGCCGGCUCCGGCACUGCUGCGGCGGCAUCACUGCUGCUGCCGGGGCUCGCGUCACUGCUGCAGCGGCGGCCAGCGGCGUGGGAGCUGCGUGCUGUGCUUGACGUGUGCCGUGCUGGGAGUGAGGAGGGCCACACGCUGCUGCACCUGGCCGUGCUGGGCCGAUCGCUGCCCAUGCUGCGCAUGCUGCUGCGCACGUGGCCGCGGGAGCUGGGCCUGCCUGUGCAUGAGCUCAACCGGCCCGAUCAGCGCGGCCGCACGCCGCUUGACUACCUCACAGGCCGCAUGGCUGGCGCGGGCGGCGGCGGCGCCUUGGGUGAUGCCGGCGAUGGUGGCGGCGGUGCCAUCUCUGCUGGCAUGCGUGCGGGGGACCUAGCGUCCUUCAUCAACGCCGGUGAGGACGGCAGUGGCAGGGCUCACGGCGGUGGCGGCGGCGCCGUCACCGACGACAGCCUUGGCGAGAGCAUCGUUUCCGACUUCGCCGCAAUGGCGGGACCCCUACUGCGCUCCAUUAGCGGCAACCCAGGCGACGACGCCAGCGCGGCCUCUGGCAGCCUGCAGCUGCGCCCACCGCGCUUCUUCGGCAUCGGUGGCGGCAGGGGUGGGGCGGGCAGCGCGGCGGCCGGCAGCCGUGGCGGCAUCGGCGGCCUGGGGCAGGACGCGGGCUCCUCGACGGCGGUGCUUGCUGGUGGCGUGCCGCGGCCCAUGCUUGUGCCUGGCGUCGGAGCAGGCAGCGGAGGUCGCGGCGGCGGCGGCGGCGGUGUUGCAGGUGGCGGUGACGGCGAUGGUAGCGGCCGCAGCGACGACAGUGGCAUCGGCGCCCGAGUGCGGCGCUGGGUGGCAAUGCGUGAGAUUGUUCCGCUGCUGCAGCCACAGGUGCCGCGCUCCGUCUCCCUGAGCCCCGACGAUCGCAGCAGUGACCCCUCAGCGGGCCGUGAGGACCGGGCUGCUCUUGACGCUGCUGCCGCAGCUGCCGCUGCAGGCGUGGUGGCCGCAGCAACUGCUGCUGCGGCUGUCGCGAGUGGCACUGCUGGGAGCAGCGGCUCGGGCAACACUGCUGGGCAUGCGGCAUCCGUUGCGCCUGUCAGCGUUGGUGACGCGCUGCUGGAUGGCGUCUUGGAAAGCGAUUCGGACCCGGAUGCCGCAACGUCCAACGUCAGCAUCGCUGCUGCCAUUUCGCCCGCGGCGCCGGUGGUGAACCUCACCUGCUCCGCGCCGGACGUGUCAACAGCGCCCAGCACUUCAGGCGUCAGCUCAACAGUCGCCGCCUUGCUCUCUACCUCUACCAAUACCUACGGUGCCAGCGCCGGCGCCAGUGGCGGCCCUGCCUCCCCUGCAGUGCUGGCGCCAUGGGAGGUCGUUACGGCGCGCAGCCGUGCGGCGAUCCCGCAGGCACUCACCGGUUCCACCGCCUCCUCCGCCUCGCCCACCUCUGCCGCCUCUGGCUCACGGCGUCUCUCCCUGGACUCGCUGCUGCUGCGGGGGAGGUCUGCAGACGGCGGUCGCAGCGACGGCCCCCGGGACGGCGGCAAUGGUGGCGGCGCCAGCGAGCACAACACUCGCAUCACCAGCUGCAGCCACAAUCGCCACAGCAGUAGCAGCGGCAGCGCCGGCGGCGGUCUGACGGGCUACCUGCUGGGCUGCCGGCCCAUAGAGCGGCCGCUGUGGGCGGUGCUGCUGGUGCUGCUGUCCAGCAUCCAGGCUCUGCUGCUGCUCCUGGGUGCUAUGUCGAGCGCGCGCCUGCUGCCCGCCACUGCCUCGCUCAUGUCACCCUCCGGCUGGCUGCUUUGGCUGCCAGCGGCAUCAGUGGUGCUUUCAGGAGCCACAGCCGCAGCAGCCGGCGCGCUGUUGCAGCCGCUGCCGGCGGCCGUGGCAGUGGCGCCGUGGCUGCCGGCGGGGCUGACCAGCGCUGGCAGGGCGGCGGCGGCCAUCCUGUCAAUGGCCGCGACGGCAGCGCUGCCAGUGCGGGUGCCACAGCAGCUGCUGGCUGCCGGCGGGCUGGCGGGAGGCAGUGGCGUGGGCGGCUGGUUGGUGGCUGCCCUGCGGCUGGCGCUGCUGACGGCGGGUCCGGUGCUGCUGGAGGGCGUCGGCGCAGACCGCCUGCCCGGGGUGCCCGUGCCCAUGCGGGCUGCACUCAGCGUUUUCGAGUAUGGCAUCGUCCUUCUGUACAUCGUACUGCAGGGUGGCCUUGCUGCCGCCGUACGCUGGCUGCCGUACGGCGCGGCCAAUGCGGCGUUGGGCGUGGUGCUCGCUGUCCUACUCAGCAGGCACCUCACAGCGGCUGCAGUGAAAGUGGAUUCAGCCGGGAGCAUAGCAUCAGCAGAGUCUGCGGCUCAAGCUGCUCCACAGUCGCAGCCCUGGGGGCGGCGGAAUGGGGGCGGCAGCGCCAGCGUCCUUGGAGACAGGGCUUGGUUGGUGGCACAGCCGCCGCCAUCUAUUGAUGCAGGGGCUGCGGGCGCGCUUGGUGCGCAACAUGCACCGCAUGCAAAGCAGGAGUAGGCGUGGCGCGCCGAGCAGGAGCUGCAGCAGACGCGGCUGGGGCGACAGGCUGUCAAGAUUGAGCUGUGGCCUGCGGGUCAGCCUUACAGCGCCUGGGGUGAGUAGUCGAGCAUGACAGGCGACGACCCAGACAAAUACGAACGAUGUACUUGAUCGCGAAAUAAGAACCACAAUGAGCCCAUGCGACUUUGAAGGGACGGCAACUAGAGCACUGGAACGGACGCAGCUUGUGCGAACCAGUCCUGGAUCUGGGCCGGAAGUCGGCCUCAUUCAGAUGGGUCCUAGCACUAUGGCCUAUGAAGCAGCGAUGUGCCCCGAAAAUAGCAAUACUGGAGUUGGCAGCUUCACGGAGGGAUAUGCACUUGCAUAACGGUACCAGGUUGCAAGCUCACACAAACCUCAUUGGACUGCGCAAGAGCCUCCUCCCUGUGCAGCAGUCAGGAUGUCCUGGAUGCAUUCUGGGCUGGGGCGCAGCCCUGACGGAAAUCAGGAUGAUAUGAUUUUGCAAGCCAUGGAGGAAAGGCACUAGCAUGGCAGCAAUGGUUUCAUUUCUGUCCUUAUUCUGGUGCAAGCAUGGCGAGCAUGUAAGGUCUGCCAGAUCUCGCGGCCGUUGGCGGAAUGGGUUAUGCAUGUCUCGGGCAGCAUUUUCAGGCUGUUUGGGUAUGGACUGAAGGGCUGGUCCUAAAUGAACGCGUAUGGAAGGGGCAGCAGCUGUGCCGCCCAGAUGUGGUUUCAGAUGGCAAUGGCCACGCCAUUGACAGCGUGUUUACAUUAUGCGCGCAUGAUGGCUGCGCCAGCUGCGGAUGCUAAGCACGGAGGAAUAUAACCCUGCAAGCUCAGCCGCUGCAUGGUGUGAGCGAUGACGUUUAGCCAUGGGCGGGAGGGGCCUGUAGCUCAGGCAAAGGCAAUGACAGGAGGCUGUGGAAGCGGACGCAUGCGGGUGGUGGGUACUGAUUUUGAACGUACGUGGAUUGCAUCCAGCCGUGCGAGUGCCGAGCAUCUUCAUGCGUGAAGACGCACAUAGACAGACAGGAAUGCCUCACAACAGUCAACAAUCGAAGAAAGAGAUAACAAGCGCAGGGCGCGCCGAGCAGGCCCCCGCACGCUCUAUUGCGCGCAGCAGUUGCAGAGCCGUCGUGCACCUGCGCAUUAGGGCGGAUGGUAGAGAAUGAGCCACCAUGGCA